CUGCUCGCGCGUGUGUUAGAAUGUUGCGUCUCUCUCUAGAAUCCUCGCGACUGUCAUUCACGCCGCACGCUAGAGAUCAGACCUCAUCAGACAUCAGGUGUUUGUGUAACCAUGCUGUCCAGACUGAAGCCGUGUGUAAGGCCGUGUGUGAGUGCGUGUCGAUGGGUUCACACUAAAGAAAAGGGAAAACCUCUGAUGCUUAACCCACGAACCAACAAGGGGAUGGCAUUCACACUGAAGGAACGUCAGAUUUUAGGAAUUCACGGCCUGUUGCCGUCGAAGAUUGAGACCCAGGACACACAGGCCAUGCGCUUUCAGAAGAACCUGAGGAAGAUGUCUGAUCCACUACAAAAGUACAUCUAUCUGAUGGGGAUUCAGGAGCGUAACGAGCGUCUUUUCUAUCGUGUGUUAAUGGAAGACAUCGAGGCUCUCAUGCCUAUCGUCUACACUCCAACCGUCGGCCUCGCCUGUACGCAGUACGGUCACAUCUUCCGGCGGCCCAAAGGUCUGUUCAUCUCCAUUAAGGACCAAGGACACAUUCGCUCCAUUCUGGAUAACUGGCCAGAAACCACCGUUAAGGCUGUGGUUGUGACAGACGGUGAGCGUAUCUUGGGUCUGGGUGAUCUGGGAGUUUAUGGGAUGGGUAUUCCUGUAGGAAAGCUGUGUCUCUAUACAGCGUGUGCUGGCAUACGUCCUGAAGCCUGCCUGCCCGUCUGUAUUGAUGUGGGCACUGAUAAUGAGAAGUUACUGAGAGAUCCGUUCUACAUGGGUCUGUACCAGCGGCGCGAUCGCUCUCAGCGUUACGAUGACCUCAUCGAUGAAUUCAUGGAGGCCGUGGUUGAUAAAUACGGACAGGACACGCUCAUCCAGUUUGAAGACUUUGGAAAUCACAACGCCUUCCGCUUCUUGAAGAAAUAUCGUGAGAAAUACUGCACCUUUAAUGAUGACAUUCAGGGAACGGCAGCGGUCGCUCUGGCAGGACUACUCGCAGCUCAACGUGUCAUAGGAAAACCAAUAACUGAACAUAGAGUUUUAUUCCUGGGUGCUGGAGAGGCAGCUCUUGGGAUUGCUAACCUGAUCGUCAUGUCGAUGAUGGAAACAGGAAUGUCUCAGUCAGAUGCCAGGAAGAGGAUCUGGUUGUUUGACAAAUAUGGUCUAAUUGUAAAGGACCGAGCUUAUGAGGUUGACAAUAAUCAGGAAGCUUUUGUUCACGAUGAUCCAGGAGAUGUCAGAAGUUUCUUAGAUGCUGUCAAUGUUAUUAAACCCACAGCUAUCAUUGGUGUGUCCGGCGCCGGGCGACUCUUCACUCAUGAUGUCAUCAAAGCCAUGGGCAGCUUUAAUGAGCGACCAAUCAUCUUUGCUUUAAGUAACCCGACCGCAAAAGCUGAGUGUACAGCAGAAGACGCCUACAAUCUCACACAGGGUCGCUGUUUAUUCGCCAGUGGCAGUCCAUUUGGACCCGUGACGUUAGAGGACAGCACAAUUCUGACCCCGGGACAGGGCAACAAUGCUUACAUAUUCCCAGGUGUGGCGUUGGCUGUGAUUCUCAGUGGAGUUCGUCAUAUUAAUGACACGGUCUUCCUCGAGGCAGCAAAGACAUUGGCAAAUCAGCUUACAGAUGAAGAGUUGAGUCAAGGUCGACUGUAUCCACCCCUGUCUAAUAUCAGAGAGGUCUCCUUACAGAUGGCUGUCAAGGUGGUGGAGUUUGUGUAUUCACAGGGAAUGGCUUUCCGCUACCCAGAACCUGUGGAUAAAGACGCUUACGUGCGGUCUGUUGUGUGGAACACCAAUUAUGAUUCAUUUCUGCCUGACAUAUACAACUGGCCCGGGGUUUCUCACAGCCCUAUAGUCGAAUAAACAAACACAAACCAUACAGAAACAGAAGAAACACAAAAGAGUUAGACACUCCAUAUUUCCUUAUUGUCUAUUCUGGUAUUUAUAUAUAAUAAUAUAGAGAUAUAUUUCUGAGUAAGUUGUUUAUGACUGAAUCUCCCACAUCACAUUUCACUCCAGAUUGAAACAGACUUUUAUUUUGCAGUCUAUUUUAAGGAGUUAAGGCUGAGUAAUCUUCUUUGGAUUUGGAGAUGAACUGUGUGACCUCUAUGUGUUUUACUGCGGGCCGUCCUGUGUGCCUUCUCACUCCUCAUACGAUGUUUUUAUACAGUACUGUAUGUUAUUUUUAAGAUGAAGUUUCACUCCAUAUUUGUUUUCUGAUGUGUUUGUGUUGAAUCUCCUCUUUAUUGACAUCAGAGCUGAAGGUUUUAUCAUAUUGAACAUUAUUAUUAUUAUGCUUAUAAACGCAUAGCACAGUUUAUAGACUUCUUACACUUACCGAGUUGCAUCUGGACAUGUAGGAUCCGCACACUGUCUUUAAAUCAGGAUAAACAGAUGUAAUGUACCAUCAGACAUAUAAACACACUUUUGUGAUUUCUCCUGUGAUAAAGACAGAUUACUGAAUGCUACUGUAUAAAACAGAUGUCAAACAAACAUGAAUAAUAUUACAAACCUGACAAGAGAAUGGCACAAUCAUAUAUUCAGAUAGUUGUGUAGUAUCAUAACUAGAGCUCAACUUAUACUGUUGUGUCACAUUAUACAGCUUUACAUCUUAUGUAUUUAAUAGCCAAAGAUCAGAGUAAAUGAACAAAUAAAAAAUGUAUCAAAUCUCAUGAAUUAUAUUUUAUCUUUGACAAGACUAGUUAAGACAUAUCUCAUCUAGAACAUAUGAGCAGUCAGCCAAUAGUAAGAUCUGUGUUUACACCAGCUUGAUGUCAUUCAUUAUUUCUGUCUGCUAGAGAUGAUGAAAAGAUGCAUUGUGGGUAGAGAAUAUUUUGCUAUGUGAUUUAAGACCAAACUGUACCGUCAGAUAUGUGUUGAAUAAAUGCUUUUGGUCUCA